AUGGCCACCGAAGAGGAGCAGCUCAGUCAGGUAAUUUUGCCGGUGAAGGAGCCGCUGGAUCUAAUUCGCCUGAGCUUAGAUGAAAAGGUGCACGUGAAGAUGCGCAACGAGCGGGAGCUGCGGGGGCGUCUACAUGCGUUCGAUCAGCAUCUGAACAUGGUGCUGGGCGAUGCAGAGGAGACCGUCACCACCGUGGAGAUCGACGAAGAAACAUACGAGGAGGUUUACAAAACCACAAAGCGCACCAUUCCCAUGCUGUUUGUGCGAGGCGAUGGCGUUAUCCUGGUAUCGCCAGGAUAUUCCCUUCGCGAGAAUUUAGCGCCUUCUAUUACCCACGGUUGCUGUGAUUACGCAGUGGCCUCGUCAUGGCUGCUCUUUGUUUGCGCUGGCGUCACACUUUCUCCGAUGAGCACUCUUGCCAGCUAA